AUGGUGCUCUAUUCUCGCGCUUUUCUUUCGAAAUUAAAUCAAUUUAACGUAAAAAUGAGUUAUAAUUUAGUAUAAUUAAAUAGCUGUGGUGCCGUGAUAUUAUUAAAAUUUGCAGUAUUAUUAAAUAUUUAGUAAAUUUUAUGUGAAAAUCCCCACAUCGCUUCAGAUCAAUUCUGUCUGUAAUAUUUAAGAUCUGAUUUGUUAUUUAAAGCGUCUUACCGUUAAGAUGGUUGGUGCGCAACUGUAACACCAAGAUGUCAAAUCAGACUGGACUCAAGCAUGUCGCCACUGAGCCGACGAGACUUGAGAGCAAGCGCGAACGACGUCGUGGUGCGGCAGGCCGAGCGGCCGCAUUACGAAGGGCUCCGUCAGACUCUGAUUGUUCCGGGGAGACGGCUUCCCUAUCUGCGGACAGCGGGGAGAGGUCUGUCAGACCAUUGCCACCUCCACCAAGGACUGGCAAGUCCAGAGGACGUCGCCGUGGCAGUGAAUGGGAGGUACUGGAGGGAUUAAAAGAUGGGCAGAGGUUUGAUAAGAGACCGGAAGUGUUCAACGGGUACCUGCAUAAGAAGCGGAAGUGGCCUCUUAAGGGUUGGCACAAGAGAUUCUUCGUAGUAGACGGCGGUAUUCUAGUCUAUGCUCGAUCUCCUUCUGACGUGGCGCGAGGAAGACUCCACGGAUCUGUGGAUGUCGGUCUGUCUGUGAUUUCGGCUAAAGCGCGGCGCCGGCGCAUCGAUAUAGAUGCAGAUGAGUUCAUAUACCAUUUAAGAGCGAAGACUCCUGAAGUUUUCAGAACAUGGUUGAAUGUUUUGAAGACGCAUCGAUUAUACAGACAGCACUUAUUAACUUUCGGUGCGCGGGAGUCGGUACCAAAGAUACAUGCGCCAAUAGAUGACCUACCUCCCACAGAUACCUCGUCACGUAUGACUCCUUCGAGCAUUGAAAAGACAUCAAUCUGCACAUCAUCAAGAAAUAUUCCUUUCCUAGCAACUGUUUUUCCCGUCUCUAUACCAAGUCCAAUAUUCAAAACAAAAGUUAUUCCUAUACCGAAAUGCUAUCAAACAAAUAAUAUAAAAAAAAUCGCUGACAAGCAACACAAAAGUCUAUGUUCUAUGAAUUGUGUCUCUAAAUGUAAAGAAUACGGAAAGUCAGUUUCACCUUCUGAGACGGAUGGUGAAAAACUUGAAUAUAGCGAUUUUUAUCCAACAUCGCUUAGAUUACAAUCUUCCUUAUUAUGUAAAUACUCGUUAAAUUCGCCAACGAAGUUACCGGUUGAUAGUCCAUACAAUCCAACGCAAAAAUCUGAAGAGGAUAGCAGUAGAACUCCAGCAUUCUUCUUCUUUAAACCCAAAGAGAAAUGUUUAGAAUCACCUAUGCGUAAGAGCAACAAAUCAACGAAUUUAGUCAAGUAUAAAAAUAUGUACGAAGAACCUAAACUUAAAAAGCGACUGACUAAAUGUAUUUUAUUAGCAAAUCUUCACUCCAGAGAUACCAAUAAUGCUAAAUCAACAAAAAAUAUUGAAGUACAAAUUGAUGUUGAUAAGCAAAGUAAAUCGUUUCAAGAUGCAAUGACUACUUAUGAAUACGAUUUGAUAACGGAACGGCUAAUGACGUCCGUUAUUGAAACUGUGCAAAAUAGCCAUAUGUUUAACAUGUAUGAUGAUAGUAUAAAAAGCUAUAUAAGUCAAAUUGUAAAAGAGCUUUACGCAAUGAAACUAUCUCCUACAGAUGUACAUCCUAUUAAAAUUUUAUUUCGUUGUCUGCUAGAGUUUUGGCUUAAAAACACAGCAAACGAAAGUAUCAGAGAACAAAUAAUGCAAGUGAAGUCAAUAGAUCGGCAGUCUAAUAAAUACUUCACCAAAGAUGAAAAAAAUUCAAGUUAUCAAAUAGAAAGUGUUACAAAAGAAACACAAUUUUACGGUAUGAAACCUAGAGAGAAAGCCGCUAAUAUUCCCAAUGAUGAUGAACAUAAAAAAUCUAAAAAAUCCAAAGAACUAACGAAGUUCAGUCAUAACGAUAAGGAACGACAGAUACAGAAACUCGAAAGAAUAUUGAAAAAUACUGUGUACAUCUGUGAAACAGUUCGCAAUAGUCGCAGUAAAGAAAAAGAUAUAAAAAUAACAAAGAGGCUUAUAGACAAUAUUGAAAAAUUGUCUCAUAAAAGCGAGAUUAACAAGCCAAGUGUCAGCCCUCAGUGCGACGAUUCUAACUCUUCAAACGAGUUGACCAAAAUACAAGAUACAAUUAGUCACCUCAUUAGUGAAACGGCUAUUCCUGCUACAGUCGCUAAAGAAUUCUUAAGUGUAUAUUUAGAUUUGCUUCAUAGCAGUCAUAGCAUUACUGACACUUGUUCGUCACAAGAUGACUUAAAGGUCGUUUUACCUAUAUGCGAUGUUGAAACUGAAAGUGUACAAAAAAAAGUAUCUAGAUCCGUUACUACCAGAGAGGUUUUAGGCGACAAUAUCAAUGAAAAGAACAACCUUGACUCUGGACAAAUGUACUUAAAAGAUGUAUUGGAUAAAAUAACAACUAUAUUCACCAAAGAAACCAAUGAGCAGACUUAUAAUGAUUUAAAUGUUCACAAAAAUGAACAAAGUCCGGAAAUAUCUGCAUCUGAAGGUAACAAGAGGCCAGUGUUAGACGGCAAUGUCGUAAGAAAUCUAGAAGAAAAUAAAAAUGGCAAUGAAACUCAAAUCGAUCCUUGGUUGCCUAUUCACUAUAACAGCACUUCAGAUUCUGACAAGUUUUUUCGAGGUCAGCUAUUGCCAAUUGACAUACCGCUUAUUGAAAAUAAAAGUUUCUCAAAAUUCCCGAUAGAUCUUAAACCCUAUUCAAGUAGCUGUGGCAGUAAAGAACGUAAAAAUAUAGUAUAUGAUUCCGAUCCGUAUAGUAGUGGAGGAACGUCGAAAGCCUAUAGAGAACGCGAGAAAAUUGAAAUUUUACCCGGAAGUGAUAUACCAAAGAUUCCCGAUAGCCCUGAAUCAACCAAUGUCACUGAAUUUGAUGAUUCGCAAUCUUGUUACCUAUUAUCGUUAAAAGGGUUAGCAGGAACAUUCAAAUCAAAGAAAAAGUCGCCGCCAACUGAAAAUUUUCCCCCGUGCUCCUGUUCUUCUCAAAGCUAUCCUGAAGAAAUGAAUGUCUUUGAAAAACAACCGAGAGCUAUAGAUGAAAAGUUCAUACUGCUUCUCUUAGAAAACUUAGCAUUGUUAUCCAAGAACGUACCAAGUCUGUAUAAAGAUAUAAACAAUUUUUAUUUAAAACUAAAGAAAAAACACGAAAAAGCCAUUUUAAAUGCCAGUAAAAUUCAGGGUUUAAGUCUUCUAGGUAAAAUAUAUAAUGAAGAUGGCGUCACCAAAAAGUUUGAAGAUUCCGAAACGCAAUAUGAUAUACCUAACAUGAAUAAUUUCAAAGAAACUACAACUAAUACUAGCGUAGAAUUUCAAAGAGACUAUCGUAUUAACAACGUAGCCAUCAGUGCUGAGCAUAUUCUUAAUAAUAAUGCAGAACUUCAAACUGAGGAAAAGGAAGUUGCUAGUUUAGAUCCGGAUCUACUAAAAAAAUUAGCGGCCGUAUUCGAUAUAAGCAGCACGCAAACUGAUUUGAGCCAGUCCAGCGUAGAGGAUAUUUUAAAAACCGACAAAGCUGUAUCCAAUCAAAAUAAGCACAGAGACACAUGCAUGAAAGACUGCGCGAUUAACACGACAAUCAAAUAUGUACUAACACCCCAUAAUACAUCACAAAACUUACGAAACUUAAAACCUAAAUCUAGAUCUUUAAAAAAUAAGGAUAUUUCAAAAAUUAAUAGAAGGAAGUGGAAAGUCCAACAAGAUUUUAUUAAUGAAAUGGUUUUGGGUCCUUCAUAUAAGAGAUCUAAGGCGGCCCAAACGGAAACUCUGCGUCUGUGGAAAGAUUUUAAUGUCUAUCAGCUAUUUUUAAGUCAAAAAUUCAAGCCGGUCAAAUGCGUGUCGUCUUUGCACGUCACUCAGGAGAGUAGAAAUGAUUUAAAGACCAUUUAUAGGUGUACCAGCGAUCCCUCAUACUCCUCUGGGCUGGUAAGUCCCACAUCUGGGCCCUUGCGUGGGCCACAAGCCGGCUUCGUGUCUGGCACCCCUGGCGGCAGGCUGGCCAGUUGGAUUAUAGAAUCGGGCGCUCCCUUGGAUACCGUGACACGCGAGUUGGGACAGGCUCAACUCUCAGUGCAACAGCUGCAGCGGCUUUUGGAUGCACUGGAGCUUCAGCAGCAGACUCAUCAUGAUACUGACGUAUCAAUGGAUGGCGCGUCUCCAAACGUGAAAAAAGACAGACGCAAAUUCGGCUUACGAAAGAAGAAAUCAAAUAGCAAGUGUGCUACCGUUGAACCAUCUCAUAUUGAUCCUAGCAGUUCUCAUAUGGCCCUUUCCACGUUAACAGCGCCCCCCUCUCCCGGUGGGGGGGCAUCUUCCGUCCCCAACUCUGCCGCCUCGCUGCCUAUUGCGUUUUUUUCUACGUUUCUGGCGUCUACUUUAGUUCCGUGUGCAGCCACGAGGCCUCAAUCUCUUCCAGGGGCUGAGGUUCUAAAUGCAGCUCCUGCUAGUUUCACAAGCCUCACUCCGGACCAUCAGCUGAGAGAAGACUUUACGGUACUCGCAAAAGACCUGAUCACCAAUCUGAAAAGCAUUGUUGCCACGCUGGUCUGCGAACGUGGCCGUCUCCGCGCAGCCAUGGAGUCAGCUGAAAGUACGGCAGCGCCAAGCGGCGUGGUGGCUGCACUCAGAACUAAUCUAUCCACGGCAUUACAGCAGAAUUCUGUAUUGCGUACAGAAUUACGUUCGCGGCUUUCGCGCAUUCACGACGCUUCGGACCUGGCUGAAAUAUCAUCUAUGGGGGCGAACUCUGAUCAUAUCCAAUUCAAACACUCUCCAAGCUACAGUUCCUCUUGUGUGUCGGCAUCGGAGUUCUUUGACGCCGAAGAAUACGAUAACGGAGAGGUCAAGGAGAAUAAUCUUAUAAACGCUGAUGAGACUGGUGUUAUUGAACUUGACGGCGAUUCCUCAUCGGAGGCGGGUUCACUAAGCAGUGAAGAAGGAUCAGCCAGCUCCGAUAAUAGUGAUGCUGCCAUGGUGGCAGCAGAACAAAUAGGUCCCACAGAGAAUGGCGGUGAACAAUGGAGCAGAAGACGAGUUCUUCCAGCACCACGACCCACUCCGGGAGGUCCAUCACUCUGGAACCUGUUAUAUAAGAACAUUGGAAAAGAUCUCAGUCAGAUAUCAAUGCCGGUUACUAUUAACGAACCGUUAAAUAUGCUGCAGCGUCUCUGCGAAGAGCUGGAGUACUCGGAACUCCUCGAUUCAGCAUCAGCAUGCGAUGACCCCGUAAAUCGAAUGGCUUUGGUGGCCGCGUUCGCUGUUAGUUCGUACGCCGCCAGCGCUCACAGAGCGGCGAGCAAGCCUUUUAAUCCACUCCUGGGGGAGACCUACGAAUGCGUGCGAGAGGAUAAGGGGUUCAAGUUUUUGGCUGAGCAGGUGUCCCACCAUCCGCCGAUAUCUGCGUGUCACGCUGUAUCCAGUCGUUGGGUAUUCUGGCAAGAGGCGCGGAUAAAAACCAAAUUUUGGGGCAAGUCCAUGGAGUUCCAGCCCGCAGGUCGAGUGCACCUUGUACUUUUGCCGACUGGAGAUCACUACACAUGGAAUAAGGUAACAACCUGUGUCCACAAUCUCUUUGGCGGUCAGCGUUGGGUGGAUCAGUAUGGAGAUAUGCUUAUCACUUGUCAGGGGUCGGAUAUUAGCUGCAAACUACAUUUUGUUAAGGCAAGUUCCUGGUCGAGUACGCGUCACGAAGUGCGGGGUGCGGUUUACUCGAAGCAAACUUCACACCUAAGAUUGCACGGCCGAUGGUCGGAAGCGUUGUAUGCUGGAGAACCACCUGCAGCCAGGUGUUUGUGGAGACCUGGUGCGAUGCCGCCAGACUAUGAGCUAUACUACGGGUUUACACGGUUCGCGAUGGAACUUAACGAAAUGGAACCCGGCUUGAAAGAUAUACUGCCUCAUACAGAUACAAGAUUUAGGCCGGAUCAGCGUGCCUUAGAAGAAGGCGACGUGGACGCCGCGGAACAGUUUAAGCACGAGUUGGAGCAAUCGCAACGGGAAAGACGAAGGGACAGACCCGAUCACAUGCCUGCCUGGUUCCGCAAAUCCACAGAGGGCGGUGAGGAGACGUGGGUGUACGGUGGGGAGUAUUGGCGAGCGCAGGCUGACGGCUACAUGCAACUCCACACGCCGCGAUUGUGGUGACCGCUUCUGAUAUUAUAUUAUGUACCGCAGCGCGAAGUGCUGUGCUAGAGGUUGUGUCUGCUUAUCGCUUCCAGCUUUAUUCUACUUACUACUUAGCGUUACUACUUAUGACUACUAAGCCACAGACAAAAGAGCAAUGUUACAGAAAUAGAUUGUACGUAUUUGUAUGUACGCGUAUACGACGAACGAACACUAAAUAAGUUCUUCAUGUUGUAUCUUUGAAAGAAAUUAUGUUGUCAAUCCUCAUCCUAGUAUUCUUAGUAAUUCAAAAUAAAACGCACAAAAUACAUGUAUGUAUGAUGAGCGUCGAGAUUCUGGAUUGAAAUUGUAUGUAUAUAUAUAUUUUUAACAUUCAAAUCUUUAUUUACUUUAAAAAAAAUAGGUCUGUGGCUUAGACACUUAUCAGACUGUCUCGCUUCUACUGUGUUGACAAUAAAAUGUAAGAGCGAGACAGUCCUCCUUUACUCGUGUUAUAUUCCUUAAAGAGAGAGUUAAGUAUAAGAAAUACUAAAUAUUCGUAGAGAGGGUAGUUGUACAAUUUGUACUUUGCUUUUAAAAUACAUUAAUAGCGUAUUAAUUUUCUUACAAAUCGAUCAGAAAUCGAUAUUUCUAUAUUUUUCUUUAUAAAUGACGUUACGUAAAUGACAAAAAAAGACGGUAGAAUAUUUAACAAUAAACUGAGGGUAUAUUGAAAUUAUUGUAGUUGGAUUGUUAAUUUACAUUGUGUAUUUGUAUUUACCAUUAUUAGUAUUAAAAUUUCAGUGAUUGUUUUGUGAUACGAAAAAAGCAAUGGAUGUUUCAGGUGUUCUAAGUUAUGAACAUUUUCACUGAAGUAUUUCUGAACCCAUUCCAAUUGGGGUGCUUUGAGAAAAGAGCGUACCAAGACACAAGAGGCCGGCGACGCAAUCGCGACCCCUCUGGCAUUAAGUAUCCAUGGGCGGCAGUAUCACUCAAAAUUAGAAAAGCUGCCUGCCGGUGUGCCCCUGUUCUAUUAACUAUCAGAUGAUGAAAUAUUAUCACGGCUUGGAACACUUGAAACUUAGCUCUCAGUAUUGAACUUGCCUUAAAAGACGUUUUUAGGUACCUAUCAAGUUAAGUUACGAUUAAGUGUUGAUUUUGUUCACUUAGCUCGAGAGUGACUUCAAAAACAUAGGCCAUUAAAUAUAUUUAGUUGUAUUUGCGUCUUUGUUACCUUGUGUUAAGACGCAAUUUACAAUAUUAUGUAUGUUAUUUUAUUUGAUGUUUGUCCUAUUGUAACCUAUCACGAUGUUGUUAGGUAUUGAGCAAGUAUCUAGUUUUUCGUUUGGUUAAGAGAUAGCGCUUAAUAACAGCUAUAAAUAUGGUAUUCAGAGGCCAUAUACUAAGGACUAAGCAAUACAUAUAUUGAAUGUAAAGGUUUCCUAACACAAGAUUGUGUUAAGAAACUUUUACAAUCUUUUUAGAUAAUUUCAGAUACAAGUUUAGAUUGUUCUUUUACUUGCAAAGAUUUGUUUGACAAUUAACUAGCGCUUAGUUGUCUUUACAAAUAUGAAAUCAUAAUUGUUAAAUUUUAAUUAAGUGAUUGUGAAUUAUUUAUUUGGAUUUAAAAUUCCUAUAGCUUUAGGUUUAAAACCUUAAAUGCCAAUAGAACAGUACAAUGUCUGUGGUGAUCCACAGAUAAUAGAUACGCUUUACAAUUAACUGUCACUUAAAUUGACAAUAAAGUGUCCGUGUUUAGUCGUUGUUGUUGUUAACUCGAAAUCAAUUAUAAUAAUUAACGAAUGUAAUUAUUUAAGGCAAUUAUAUUUGUUUACAUUCGGUUAUUUGCUGGAUGACAGUUGACAAGUAUUUUUUUUUUGUUUUAGCCCGUAAGAGUUUGUUUGCCUAAAUAAUACUAUUUAUGUAUAAACUUUAGUUUUACCUCAUUAGGCAAAUAAACGAAUGGAAAUUGUAAGUACACGGGAUUUUAUCUUAAAUAAUUGACAAUAUUAUAGGAUACAGGUUCCGUUUUGAAUUUAAAUAAAAUUUACCCAUAUGUCGUAUUGGCCCUUAUUAAAUUACUGCAGCUAUUUUAAAAUAUAUAUUUUAAAUUAUUAAUUAUUUUUUUAUGGGUAUUUAUUCAUAAAUUUUAAAUACGUUAAGGUAUAAAAUUUCGAUGGUUAUUUCACAUUUUUAUCUAAGCUCCACAGCAUACAUGUCGUUGAAGGGUUAUGCUAAUCUAUGGCUGAUUCAGUACUUAUAAUUAUAGAAAAAAAUAUUCAUACAACCAAACUGUGGGCCUAUUCAAUGAUCCUAUUUGCAAGAUCUUUAUUACCUUGGGGAUUAAAAUUGAUGGAAUUGAAAUAGCGUCCUUAUUGACAUGUGUUAAAGUAUAUUUUGUACAAAAAUGUGAAAUAAUCAGUCUUGUGUUUCCCCCCAAAUGUUUCAGCAAUACUUCCUGUGCUUUGAUCAAAGGAGAAAUUAAGAAUGCUAAACAUUUGGUGAGAAAUAAAUUAUUACCUCAACUCAGUGUCGCAAGUCUGUAACUAUAAAAUUAUUGAAUAAAACUUUUUAUUUAAAUGUACUUUAUCAUAUUAAAAUUAAAUGUGAAACUGUGGCUAGUGAUUAAUACAAAUUAUGUGGUUGCUAAGGUUAAUGGUACUGGUCGGGGUUUAUAGUUAAGACAAAGAUUAUCAUGCUUCUACAGAGGCAGAGGGUCUAAUUUUCCUCUUGACUCUUGCGAUAUAAGAAUAAUUUAAACUAUUUUGUUUGAAGAACACAUUAUUACUGCAAAAUAGGCAAUUAUAUUUGACGACACAAUAGCAAUAAAGUAUUAUAACUAGUAAUACUUUUUUAAUUAAAUCUUUGGUGGGUAUCCGAACAAUCUAUUGUUAAGAUGAAUUAUUAUGUUGUUUCAAAAAUGUAGCACUCAAUAUUUAUGUUGAAGUCUGUCAUUACGAAAAUUUAAAAGUUAUUCAAGUUUAGUAUUAAACACGCCGGAUUUGAAUUUUGUAAUGUCGACGAAUAUGAAAACGCUUAUAUAAAAAUAAUAAUUAUAGAAGUUACCACGCAGCUUACAACUUUUUUGUUAUGUAUUUUUAAUACUUAAGGAUUAAAUAUUCAAU